AUGCAUUAUUACAUAAAUCUUCGAUCGCAUCUGUUGCGUUGUGUGUUAGUUUUAAACUGCCUUUUAGCAAAAGGGAGAAUAUGCAGUUGGCGAGCAGCAAAUUACAACAACGUUGGGGAAGGAUUUGCUUUGGAAGGUCAUAUCAUUGCCUCGCUUCAGGUUCAAGACAUUUUUGAAUGUUCGUUCGCGUGCUUUAAGGAUUCUCGUUGUCGAUCUUACAACUUCCGGGUUCCAGGCCCUACUCACCUUUGUGAGCUGAGCCGCGAAAGUGUCUCUACGAAACCUGAAAAUUAUACGUUGCAUGGGGAUAUGAUUUACUAUGAUGCUGGAAGGAGCGCCGGGUGUUCAUCUUCACCAUGUCAUAAUGGCGGUAGAUGCGUUUCCUUAUGUAGAUUAGACAUUCCGUUCAGUUUUGUUUGUGACUGCGAUGUCCUUCAUACAGGUGACAUGUGCCAAAACUGGACAGAAAAGUCCAAAGACUACGAUUUGAAAUUCCAGGCGAAAAGCUUGUCCAACAAUGUCAGCAUGGCCAUUUUGAAUGAGCCCAUUAACGCCUUGACGUUCUGCAUCUGGUUUCAAACAACACAGACAGGAUCAUUCGGGCUCGUAGGCGGUAACGUGGAUCUAGUUUGUGAUGAAUAUACGCGGUGUAAUUUCUCCUUAAAAGGUGCCAAAAGGGAUUUUUACAGCGCUCCGUUAAACAAUGGGGACUGGCACAGCAUCUGCAUCACCUGGCAGCAGUCAAAGCGCACCUGUGCGGCGUACAUCGACGGAAAAACUAACAAACAACGUACAUUUACCGACUGCAGAGGAAACACUGAGUUUGAAUUCAGCGGUAAACCAUUAGUGUUGGGUCAAAGUGUGAAUAGUAAAGGAGAAUUUCAAGAAAGCAAGUCGUUUACUGGCAGCAUUCAUGGAAUAAACAUGUGGGACUAUGCCAUGGAGGAGAAUGAAGUGUUCAACUUGGCUACAAGUUGUUCGAGUCGCGUAGGUAAUGUCGUCAGCUGGCCGCUUUUCAGAAAUGUUCUGGAGGGCAACGUUACUUUGACAGAAGGGUCACUUUGCAAAGGAGCUGAUCUAUCUUCCAAAGUCUCUCUGAGAUUUCCAGCCGUGACAGCUGUUGAUCGGAUAAAAUAUUCUGGAUCACUACCCUCACUCCAAGCCUUUACUCUCUGUCAGUGGACAAAAAUCGUCUUCAUGCAGUCAGAGUCCACUUAUUUUAGUUACGCUAACAAUGAAUCCCCAAACGCUCUUUUUCUCUUGCUAAGGAAAGACUUGACGAUCAGAAUGUUUAUCAACAACGUUAAGUUACAGAUAUACAGGGCUCCUUUACUUGAAAGACAUUGGCAUCAUGCUUGUGUCACGUGGACGAACAAUGGAGGUGACCUCAAGGUUCAUAUAGAUGGCUCUUUGAUAAGAGUAGAAACCGGAUACAGGAAUGGCGAUGUUAUCCACGGAGGUGGGAUUCUUAUUCUCGGUCAAGAUCAGGAUAGGCUUGGAGGAAGUUUUGUCGCGUCACAAUCGUUUGUCGGCUUCUUGAGUCACUUAAACGUGUGGAAUUUCGUGGUGCAUUCUUUGGCUCUGGUUGACAUGGCAACGGGAUUUGGUACAGAGAAUGGGAACACUGUGAUCUGGAAAGACGUCAUACAGAGUCAGGCUUAAGGUCAGGUUGAAGUUCUUCCCGUUUCCCA